GGACCUAUGCCAUUGGUUUCGCCGUUUCGCCACUUGCCAACGCGUUUCUCUCGUCUCUUCCCAUUCUCGCCGUCGCUGCCAAGUACGUAAUAAAAAAAAAUGAUAAAGAGGAGGUUCUUCAAGCUCGACCACGGUGAUAAAGAUGUCUCGGAUCCGUCGUCUUCUUCUUCGGACUCCGAGCUUGAAGCCGAAGCAGAAGCUACUGAAGAAGAGUCUUCAGAGGAUGAUGCUACAGUAGAAGCAAAACCGAACGGUGAUGAAGCCGUUUCAACUUCUUCUGGGUAUGCAAGUGAGGAUAGUUCUGCGAAUGAUGUUGAUGUCGACUCAACAGGUGUGCUAUUCAGUGAAGAUGAUGGUGGAGCUAUAAAUGAAAGAGACAUGCUUUUUAACAAGGAGUUCCUGAGUAAACCUGACACUGAAAAGUCUAAUGUGAUUGCUGAAAAGGAAACCGUACAGGCAGAUAUGCCAGAUUACGUUUUAAAACACAAAUCAGUAUUUAAGUGCAAGAUAUGUCCCCGAAUUACCUGUUUAUCUGAAGGCACUUUGAGGGAUCAUCUGCAAUCAAAGAGACAUGCUCGAUCUGUAAAACUACUCAGUGAGGGUAGACUGAAGGUUAUGCUCAACAGUGAUGGUGAGAUUGAGAAUCAAGAGAUAGCAGAUGUACCAUCUAUAGAUUCCGAGGAUAACGCUGAGAAGAAUCACGAAGCGCAGAAGCAGCAGAAAAAGAGAUUCAGAAAGAAGAAAAGUGGCAUAGCAAAGACAAAGAAAUUCCUUUCAACGGAAGGACCAGUCAAGAGAAGGCAAAAGAAACGACAAGUCUAAUCUGUAGUAGUCAGCAUUUUGUAGAGUAAAUUUUGCCACCACUGACAACUGCCUGCGAGUGCAAAGUCUGCGUAAUCCGAUAUAUGUACUCUACCGAGGGUGCUUCUUGAGCCCCCUACCCGUUUUGUUUAAUAUUUUCCUUUUUUCUUUUAAUUUUUGCUUUGUUGCCCUUCCUACAGUGUCUGAAAGUAUUUAAUUUUUUGCCGUCUGUUUCCUACAGAGUCUGAAAAUAUUUAAUUUUUUUGCUUUUCCCGUAGCAUACCAAUAUUUUCGAAAUUUCUUUGUAAAGACUUGCCAGUAAAGAUUAUUCAGAUUAUAUAAGGUUAAAUUUGGCUGUGUUUA